AUGCGAGCUGGGCAAAUUAGCGUCGAGCAAGUGCGGGAAAUUUACUUCCAAAUGGUCUUGGCCCGUAAGUUUGACGAGAUGCUUCUGGAAAACAAAGCCACCAAUUUUUACCGCCAAGUUGAGUACCAGUACGAUGGUCCGCUCCACGUUUCGAUCGGACAGGAAGCAGUCGCCGUUGGGCAAGCUUUUAGUUUAGACGAGCACGACUUAAUCUUCGGUACGCACCGCAACCACGCCGAAGUGAUCGCUAAGGGUCUGACUGCGAUUGGAAAACUGAGCGACGAGGCGUUAGAAAAAAUUAUGACCGACCACCAAGGUGGCCGGGUUGACCAGAUGCUGCGCGAGCACCGCCAAUUUGGCUCAACCAAAGAACGCGCCCGGGUCUUCUUCCUUUACAGCGUUUUGGCCGAGAUUUUUACUAAGGCGACGGGUCUUAACUUGGGCAUGGGUGGUUCGAUGCACAUGUUUUUCACUCCGUUUGGCAUCUACCCCAACAACGCCGUGGUGGGCGCUUCGCCCUCAAUUGCGAUCGGGGCCGCUCUUUACAAACUGAUUAACCAGCGCCCAGGCGUAGUGAUCGCUAACAUCGGCGACGGCGCCAUCACCUGCGGACCGGUCUGGGAAGCGAUCAAUUUCGUGGCGAUGGACCAGUACCGCGAACUCUGGGACGCUCCCUACGACCGCCGUCCACCUUUUAUGCUCAACGUGAUCAACAAUCAGUACGCGAUGGGCGGCCAGCCCGUCGGCGAAACGAUGGGUAGUAAGGGCGUAGCUCGGGUUGGCAUGGGCAUUAACCCCGAGCAAAUGUGA